AUGCCUCAACUUGACCCCUCCCCAUGAUUUCUCAUCUUAGCCCUCUCAUGAUCUGCCUUCUUAACAAUUAUCCCCGCAAAAUUAUUACGACACACCUCUCUCAAUACAAUUACUCAUCAACACGCACAAGAACGUCCAACUACCUCCUGAACCUGACCAUGGCAUUAA